GGAAUACACCACGUGGUGCCGUUGACCCUGGCCAUGGACCGAGCAACCCAACGUUCCUACCAGCUCCCAGGAAUGUGUAAUGUCGCCACUAUUUUUUAUAUUUUUUAGUGACUUAUUCAUUGCUUCUGCCUGUGAUCGAAUCGGGUCGGAAUGCUGGCUCCGUCUCGCAAGCUAAGCAAAGUGUUGAGCCUGGAUGAGGUGCUUGGAUGGGUGAACACUGCCUAACAGCUGCUAUAGGCUGCUGCGGGGCAGCAGAGGGCAGUGCAGCAUGACGCACUUGUUGUACUGAACGUCUAUGCUCCCACGUCUACGAUUACCCUCAUUGACCACUGUGGUGAAGUAUGGUCAAAUAACCAACACGACUGGCAUCGUGUGGGAAGGGCUCUCAUCACCACAUUUAAAGCAUAUUUGUUGCCUCUCCUGCAGUAUAUUAAUAAUGGUAUUUUCCCCUCUAACACACGUUAGCGGCAACAACAACAAAAACUGCUAUAAGAACUUAACGUUUCAGGUGAUUUAACAGAGUUCGCUGGCAAAGGUCGUCUGUGAUGGACACGGUGUGUGUGUCCUGCGCUCUCCUGGCAGGCAGCAAGAGCAGCAGCAGAAGGAGAAAUCCCUGCAACUGUCACCGGCUCCAAGGGGCCCUUGAGCCGUGACAACACGCGGGGUAGGGUGGCUGGAGCCCCACGAGCCAUGGCGAGUGGGUUGGAAGUGCCUGGCCAUUUGUACGGGGGGGAAGAGGAGGAGGAUGAAGACAGGAAGGAGGGGUCGGACAGGCAGGAUGCUGUGGGAAGGACUCGCCCCACCCCAAGGGGUGGCAGCGAACAAACGAGCAGCACCAGCGACACCUUCGCGUCGAACACCAGUGGGCUGUCCCUGGGCGAGACCAUUGCACGCAGCGCCUGCCAGCGCUCCGAGGUUUGGUUCCCACUGGAGAUGGAAGCCGACACGAGCAACGGAGAGGAGAAGACCAUCGCAGAGAGAGACAGCUUCUUGACCAGUGACCAAGCCGUGGCCAUGAGCCAGGGCUCCUGGCCUCCUCAUCCAGUGAGCAGUGCUCAACUCGAGGUGCAGGACAGUCUUCUGUCGCCAGUGCUGUCUCUGCUCGUGACGGCGCUGGAUGGGGAUGGUGCUGUCGGUUCCGCCCUGAUGCAGCGCUCGGUGCAGCAGCAGCAUUCCGAGUUGGAGUUUACUUGCCUGCGGGAGAGCAUUGCAAGCACAGACUUCACUUUCGAAGGCUACUCAACCAAUCGUGAAGUGGAGAAAAUGUCACUGAGCGAUUCGCCGAGUGUGAAGGCAGUCAAAGAGUUGCGUUCCCCGGAGAGUGCCAGACUCCCAACGUUCCAGCAUCCGUCAGCUGUAUCGCAGUGUCUCCCAUCUGCCCAUGAGCUCCAAGCUAGCUUGAGUGCGUACGGUGAAGCAGACAGCUCGGUCUUCUGUUCCCUAACACAGCACGCCAUCUCACCUGGCACUGACAGUAUGGAGUGGAGCCCCAGAGGUCACCUCUCAGAGCAUACCAAGCUGCCAGUGUCAGGCUCCAGCAUGCACGCCGAGUUAUCCCUAUCCCAACACCCCAUCGUCGGCGCGAGCUUCGAUGACCGCCAGCCGGACGAGGACACAGAGCGUCUCCCUGGGCUGCCAGAGGAGCCAUCUCAGGAGAGCGAGUGGCGGGAGGAAGAGUCGCAGUCAUCGUCGCGUGGCAUUGCGGGUCCGUCACGAGCUCCGAUGGACGAUAAACCCAGCAGCUCAGCAUCCGAAGAGUCACGCGGUGGCAUGCAAAAUGAAGCGGGCAUGCAGAGGGAGCGGUACUUGCAGGCAACAAGGUUUGCGUACCUGGGUCAGGAAGAACCUCCAGCUGAUGACACCUUACUUUCACUAUCCUGUGUUGGUGCUGAACUGUCAAAAGCUGGAGUGGAUGACACUGGCUGCCGGUUUGCCAGCACCCAGGUCGGAUCCACCAGCGAAGCCGGAUCCCUCACGCGGAACGUCGUCGGGGGUAACGCAGACGGCGAUACGGACUCCCCCAGUUUAAUGGGCACCAUGGCUUCAGUGGUGCUGACUGAGGAAGACAAAAGGCAGAUAUCUGCCAUAAAACAUCUCGUCUUGCGAGGUGCGAGCGUGCCGGUGCAGAGCUAUGUUCCCGAGGGAAACAGUGAGUCAUUCCCACAGGUGAACUCAUCCGAUUGUGACACCAACAGGCACUGGGGCCAGAUUUACGAUCGUAGCGAUGUCAUGAAACACAGUCCAAGAGAUGGCUCACGCGCCAGCUUGCGCUAUAAGACGAUGGCUUUAGCUGCCAGCUUUUCGAAGACCACCUGUGUCACCGACUCUUGGUUGGAGGGGUCGUUGCUGAUCGCCGGCGGUGACCCCAACGAGAGCCGCCGCGAAGAGCGCUCGGAGCGAAGUGUGCCGAGCGGAGCCGAACCUGAUAACGGAAACAUCGACGGUGCAGAUGCGGGAGCCAUCGAGGCCUCUGGCAACAAUCGCUCGUCCCCAGUGACGCGCGGCUCCUUCGCCCUGGCCCUGUCGACUGCGGGGGCUUUCUCAUUGGGCCAGCUCGGUGACAUCUCUGCGGAGCAGGACAUGGAUGCUUUGUUCUCCGCGCGUUCCUGUGGUCCAAGCCAGACUGGGAAUCAAACCCCGGCUCUGUCAACAGCACGAUCGCAAGCCAGCCUCGAGGUGGACAACUACACACCACCGUGGACCAGCACUGGCUACGGCACGGGCAAUCAGGAGUUCGACAUAGAGCAGCGCAUCCCUGUUUACUUACGGAACCUGGGCAUCGAGCAGCCGCCGUCCAUGACGGGAAUGCUGGACGGCCGGGGCCCCCUGUGUGAGCGUGACUACUCCCCGUCGGAGCUCACCACCGUCAAGGACUUUGGGCUCAGCUCGGCAUCUGACGGAGCGGUGUCUAACGGUGCUGAUGGGUCACUGGGCAGAGGCUCUGGCUACAGCCUACGCUCAGAACUUGGCCAAAGCACUUCCCUCGUCUUGGAUUCCGACUCCUCCCUCCGCCUGUCGUCCUCUCUCACAAGGUCUCAGGCCAGAGCCACCAAUGAAGACUCUGAAGCAGCUCCUGGGGAGUCACUGGAAGGGUCUGGCAAUAGUCGCUCCUAUCUCAUGUUACUGAAUGACGUAGAUAAUGGACACUCGCAGCAAGAGGGCGAACAGUCCGUGAGAGUGAGGGCUCCAGCGUCUUCUGAACGUGAAGCGGACACUGUGCUGAGUAUGGAGGAUCUGGACAACCGAAGGGGUGACCUAAGCAGUACACCUUCCAGGCUACAGGACUGCGUGUAUGAAGUUGGGAGCAUUGGCCUAGCUGGUUACUCUGGCCCAGCCAAGAGUUCGGAAUUUGAAAAGCCCUCCUACCAGGCUCACGCUGGAUAUUUUUAUGAAGACAAGGGCAGUAAUGCUCAGGGGGAAACCUGGCCUGGCAGCCAGUCCACGGAGCCAGCGCAGAGCCAAGUGAGUGAUUCGAUGAUUGAAACGAAGACUGCGCUGGGAAUUCAGAAACUGUUACGGGACGCGGGGACUUAUGAUCACAGCACCUUCGACGCUUCGUGUGAAAGCAACGAACAAGACAUUCUAAAAUCGCUGCGCACAGAUGGCAGGACAGGGCCAAGCAACAGCCAUGAGCUUCAGCCCGAGGGUGACCGUACAGUAUUUUUAGAUGGAAAAGCUGAGUUUGACAAAACCAGCACAUUUACUGGUAAGAUUCCCUCGACGGAGCAACAUUAUCAGUCGUCUUACUUUCCACUUGGCCAGGAUGAUCAUGGCAGCGUAGAGCAUCCCAGACCGGGUGUAGCAAAGGGGGCAGCUAAAGCUCGCGACGUGUCAAGUCCAUUCGUGCAGCCCAAAUUAGAUCUUCAUUCUGCUGGGAAGAGUGAGCAGGACGUUGAGCGUCAAACCAUACCAGGCUCGGCCAGACACGAGCCCGAAGGCUGCAGUGGAGCCACCACCAGCAUCACCCCUCGGCCGCAGAGGGCACCGUGGAAUCCCUCGCACGAUGACAAGAGCAGCUCGUCGGGCAGAUCCUCCCGUGCUGACGAUGAACCACAGGCGCGGCCUCUGCAGAGCGGGACGGACGCCCCGAGGUCCGGCUACGGCAACGAGGGCGGAGACGAUGACGACGUGAUGGCGAGGGUGCGCGCAAUCCUGCGGGGCGCGACGGAGCAUGCCGAUCCACAGGAAGACUCGGACGGGAGCGUUGACGCCGGCUCUACCGAGAGGCGCAGGCAAGGUGCGGGCGGCCUGCCGAGGAGUGCAAGUCCCUCGGUGGGAACGGCACCGCCACCGUCACAGAUUCAUGAGGACACCGGCCUGCCUUCGCGUCAGGGCAGGGCUACUGAGGGGGAUACGAGUGUAGGCUUCGGGCAGCCACUACCUCCACCACCAUCACAGAUCCAUGCAGACAUCGCGCCAGGGAGGCUCCGGAGUGAGGCUGACGCAGUGAGCAUGGAGUCUGUGGUGCAGAGACUGGCGGUGCUUUUGAGCGACAAGUCACCUGACGAUUUGUCCGAGGGCAUCUACAAGAGAUCGGAUGAGGAGGAGCAAAGAGCAAAAGAGCUGCCGACGAAGUUGAAGCUGGAGAGGGACGGUGCCGACCCCGCUUGGAGGAGCUCGCAUGGAGAGCCCUCGUCCAUGCAGAGAGGGGACCUGAGGUCCCUUGUCACGACGGUACACGGCCUUCACGAGCAGAGUGAGACAGACUCGGAGUCAGAGAGCGUUACCCUCACCCGGGUUUCUCACAUCCUGUCUGAGGCGUCCGGAUCCCAGCGCUUGGCGUCUCUGGACCUCAGCGUCAUCGAGCCGGAACCGUUGAACGUCUUGCAGCGAGCCCGCCUCCGCAUCGCGAGCCAGCUCCAGCGUCUGUCAGACGAGCCUUUCGACUCGAGUGUCGGCUUGGCGAGAGUUGCACCCGGGCAGCAGCAGCAACCGGCCCUGCCAGACCCUCCCCGCCAACCUGUGCCUGGAGAGCAGCUUCCUUCCCAGAAAUGGUCUCGGUCGAGCGUCCCUGAUGGCACGGGCGUGAGGGGUGACAUAUCUGGAGGGCAGCCUCCGCGCGAGGAACAGAGCCCUUCCAGGCUGCCUGAAAAGAGCGCUGCAGGACGCCGGGCAGACCAGAGCCGCCGGGGCAGUUGCAGGCUACCGGAUCGGCUGCCUGAAGAUCGGGGCAGGGCCUCGGAGAGGUCUGUAGGGUUGACGGAUGGGGAACGAAGCGCUUCGUACGAGGCCUGGGUGACGGACCGCCGCUUCAGGGCUGCCACGCUGGGCAGCGUGCCCGACCUUCACCGUGGAACCAAUGAGAUUUCGGAUUCUGGUCAUUCGAAUGACAAGGUGUUUAGAGCUGAGCUAAUAGACGUGAUGGGAAUGGCUGGCGAGAAGACACCACCUGAAGGGCAUGAAUAUAGGAGGCCCAUCUCAUCCAUCACCUUCACAUCUCGGAAGCGCGGAGAUUCGUCCCCUUCCACCCGCAGCCCGUCUCCGUCUACGGUGAUCGCUGCCCAGACGCAGGUCUCCGUGGUGUCUCCAGAAAACCAGCCGUCGUCAGGGGCAUCACUCGUUCACACCCCCGUGCAUUAUGAACAACCGGCAGGAUUGCGAGCGGAGCCCGGAGUUGAAUAUUUGAUGGUUGCCAAUACUGCCCCAUCGAAAGAUUUGCAAAUUCCUGUUCCAUUCAGUGGUGAGGACAAGUCGGGUUAUUCAGACCAUGGCCCCACUCGCUUAUCUGCCCGCUCAGCCCUAACACACAUGCACAUUAAACUGUCGCCAGCCAAGGCUGGGCACUCACUGCCACCUACAGCGACGCCAUUGUCUUCUCUUCCGACCUCCUCCACCGUCAUUUUUACCGGCAACAACAACGAUAAUGGCAGUGAUAGUCAUCUCGGUGGAGUGAUAGCGCAAGCUGCACGGGGACGUGCGAGUCCGUCAGGGUUCCGAGGCUCCGAGGCUCCAACGCUCCAAUUGAGGGCGACUGCAGGGCAGGAAGACACUCGCUCCCUUCAGCACGCCUGCCCGGCAGUGCAGCCCUCCAUCAGCACUCACGAAGGCUCGCAUCCCCCGGUGACGCACGGACAAGGCAAUCCCCUCAGCUUUUCCUUCACCUUCGUAUCUUCAGCAUCUGCACAGGGCACAGCGGACCAGCCACUGGUGUGCCCGUACCGGCCAGCUGGCAGCUCGGAACUUUUCUACAUCCCGGCUGUUGUUGGCAACACUGGGAAGAGUUCACCGUGCAGCUCGCAUAGCACGGCAGAGAGCUCGCACCCCGGAUCAAACAACGCGCUGCCGCCCACGUUUCCAGCGGGGGUGCUGGGUAGCCGGGACAGGCACAUGGAGCUGAGGCAGGUUGUUGGAGGCCCGAGUUCCACCUCAGCCGGUCCUUCCCGCGUUUCCUGGCAACCUCCACCCCAGGGAGGUUCUGUGAGCCGGACCACUGCACAGCACAAUAUCCACUACCCGCCUGAGUUGAAUGGUUGGACGUCCGUCGGCUCGGCUGAGCGGGGCCCGCCCAUCGACAUACGCCACCUUGACGGGGCGCAGCGUGCACGGGGCGCGUGGAUGGACUCUGGCUUGACCCCUGAUGCCCGAUCGGCGUGGGGUGGCAGGGAGAGAUCUCGGUCCGCGGCACCCACCGUCAAUCCCGUCGCCUACGAGCGCACGGGACGUGCUGAGCGGCGGGUCUGGCAGGAGAGCUCGGGCAAGUUCACAGAACCGCACGCGCAGCGCCGUCAGCACCGGUCGACGGGCGUCGAAUCCACCUCGCCCGGUGCAAGCGGAGGCACGAGAGGGACGACCGAGCCGAGCCUGGACGAGCUCUGGGGCAGGUUCACCAUUCGGCAGGAACAGCUGCGCGCCCUGGACGGCGCCGACGAGGGAGCGCUGCUACAAAAACUUGAGGAACUGGCGCGUCAUCUCCGGCGCUCGCAAUCGGUUGGCAAAGGUGCCCGGUUGACGCCGACGGGAGGAAUGUGGGUGGGUAUGGAUACGGUCUCCUCCACUCAACCCUCGAUCAGGUUGGACGAAACUGGUGACCGUCGCCAGAGGUCUUUAGAUUUGGAAGACACUUGGAGCGGCGAUAGUCGCGGUGGCGGCGGCCGGUUGACGCCGCCGCCAUCCUCGCUGGCCGCAUCCUCCAUCUCCACAGACCCGGACGGACGUCACGACGAUGCGAGCAGCGUGGCGGAGACCGCGUCAACCAUCGACACGGCGCGGCUGGUGCGCGCGUUCGGGCCCGGGAGGGUGCGUCUGUCAUCGCCAGCACUGCGGUCCCUGCAUGAUGCCGUGCACCGGCAGAGAGAGGGACCAGGGAAGGUCGUGGAGGUGGCGACGCGGGGUCGGCGGAGCGGCGCGGCGGAGCGUGGCUCAAGGGCGCACACACUGUCAUCAUCCGGCGCUGCCACAGACAGCCCCUCGGAGCGCAGCCACGCGGCACCGCCACCUCCAGUCAAGAGCCGCGGCAGACAGCGCAGCAAGGGGGUACAGGCAGGAGACUUGGAGCUGGUGCCCGGAGCGAAUAGGCGCACGCGGGAUGUGGGCGUCACCUUCCCAUCCCCGGCUCUGGUUGCCGCCGCCGCCGCCGCUGCUACAGCAGCCCCCCCCAGGGAGUCCACACGCGGUUCCCCCGUGCGAGCGAGCGGCAAAGACGGCGCUGCCACGGUGCCGUCGGCGCAGCAGAACCGGCACGACAAGCGGAGCCGCGCCCCCCGCAGACGCCAGCGCCCGAUCCACAAGCCCGUGAGCUGGUUCGUGCCGCUGGACAGACGUGUGGACCAGGACUCGGAUGUCUCUAGACAAGGGGCGAAGGAGAACGUGUCCGUGCACGCGGGCGACCAAUACGAGAGGAGCAGCGCAUGGCAUGGCCCUGGCUGGGACAGCCCGGAGCAGAGUGGCAGUGGCGCCGCCGUUGGUGUCGGCAGUGUAUUGAGGUCCCGGCCGCCUCUCCGGGAGAUGCAGCAGCACGACCUGGAGGAGGAGCUGGCAGGAGGGACGCUGCGUUCCCUUGAGCGCCUCACCCUGCAGGAGGCCCUCCACAUGAACCGGCCGGCGUUUGUGUACCGCUCUCGCGAGCGCAUCAAGCGACUGCAGCUCAUGUCGGAGGAGCGUCGCGUGCAGGGCGUGUGGCAGGAGGAGAGGGAGCGCCUGUUCGGCUGGGGGACGCGGGGACGUCGGCGACGGCACGGCCAGGGGCAGUCGAGCUCUGUCCGAACCCACCCCAUCUUCGAUAAUCUCUUUUUGGCAAGGAAGAGAGUGGUUCCCAAGAAGGAGGCAUUUGUGCGAUCAAAAUCGCUAUACGAGAAACUACCCGAGAUCAGGAGGCGGCGAGAGGUGGAGAAGAAGCUUGCCGAGUACCAGUCUAACCGCCUCAAGGCCGACAACUUCCAAAGGAGAGUAACCAACAAAUUGCUGGGUCGAAGCACAGCGUGGGAGUGACUCCAGCGCCUCUGGAGGAGCACGGUUCAAGGCAAACAACGUAUGGGGGGCUUGCAAGCUUUGGGGGAGAUUGGGGAAGCUCUAAGAGCAAAGCCGUAAUCUCAAAGGAAGACAUGUCGAAAUUAAAAGUGCCUGAGUGUACCGAACGAUUGUGGGCGCAACCAAAACUCCACUGAUGAUGCCGAGUCAGCGGUGGAAAUACUACAUUCCUAUGGCCGAAGCCUGUCUCUUCACAUUUCAACUACUAUUGCCUUCAAAUAAAGUGAUACUCAUUUUACCAACCAUGAAGCCAUGGCUGUCUUGAGUCAAGGAGGGUACAAUAUAUACGCACUACAAUUUCACAGUUCCUGAGACCUGCGAAUGGCAUGGUUUUUGUUUUGUAAAAUUAUCAAAAAGUCCUGCCAUUGGUAUAAUAAUAUGAUAAAUCAGACGCCUAACAACCUACACAUAUGCUUCUCAUGAGCACAGUUGUUGACAUUGUAGGUCGUGAUUGUUUUAAUUUCUAUACAACUGAGAAUAUCAAAAAAAUUUUUACACUUUUUACUCUGCUGUGUCCUUACAUAUUGUGGUGUGUAGCUGUGUGCAGUGCAAGAAUACAAUUCUAAAUGUAAACACAAUUAAACAUAAUAAUGAGAUAAUUUUUAUAAACUCAAACUUCAUGAUUUUGAUAGUACCAUAAAAAUAGAGCAGACCAUGGAAUUGCAGUAAUAGACGUCUCUCUUCACACAAUAUAAUGGCUCUCAAAGUCGAAUGCUUAAAAAUUUCCAAUUCGUUAUGCAACAAAUUAUGCACUUUUACUCGGCUAAAGGAAAUAUUAUUUAAACCAGAAACAUGGUUGCCUUUUGUGCACAUGUUUUCAAUGGUGUUUUUGUUAUUUUAAUUUCAAUUGAAAU